GUAAGCUUUAAUAUAUUUAUUUGGACAUUUAGCUAUAUUUUAAGAAUGGAGGGGUCGGUGUCUAAUGUGGAGGUGUGUAACUUUGCUUACACGGGGCAGUUUGAGAAAUUAAAACAGUGCAUCCUGUCAGAUAAAACGCUUGCCUGCAAAACAGACCAGGACCGGAGAACCGCGCUGCACUGGGCUUGUUCUGCUGGACACACCGAUAUUGUGGAGUUUCUUCUUGACCUGGGAGUUGAAGUGAACCUGCAAGAUGAUGCUUCAUGGACCCCUUUGCACAUUGCAGCAUCUGCAGGCAGAGAAGACAUCGUGAGAUCUCUGAUAUCCAAAGGAGCUCAGCUCAACUCAGUUAAUCAAAAUGGAUGCACCCCUCUGCACUAUGCUGCCUCCAAAGACAGAUAUGAGAUUGCCCUGCUGCUGUUGGAAAAUGGAGCAGACCCCAAUGCUACUGACAAGCUGGACUCCACGCCGCUUCACAGAGCAUCUGCCAAGGGCAACUACCGGCUCAUCCAGCUGCUUCUCAAACAGAGUGCAUCAACAAAUAUUCAGGACUCACAGGGCAACACACCUCUCCAUCUUGCAUGCGAUGAGGAGCGUGUUGAAGCAGCCAAGUUGCUGGUGGAACAUGGAGCCAGCAUUUACAUUGAGAACAAGGAGGAGAAGACCCCGCUCCAGAUAGCAAAAGGCAGUCUUGGGAACAUACUCCGUCGGAUCGUGGAGGGAUGAUGCUUUGUCUGACCGACGCGUCUUGUUCCAGCUCAAAUCCCCACCACCAACCGCCAAGUUACAUUCUAAGAUUUCUCAUCCCGCUCAGUCCUCCUUAAGCGGUCUGUGUGGAAGAUGAGAUGAUGGACUCAGAUGGUGCUUUGAGACUUCACAGAUCUUAUUUGUUGGAUCAGAAACCAAGUCUGAGCACAGGUUUUCAAACCCCGCAGGCUUUUUUCUAUUAAAUUUGAAUUGUAAAUGUAAAACAUGAAGUUCAACCUGUUAAUAAAUGUGUUGUUCAUGAUCGACGUACUGCUGCCUUUAGU